UAUAUAAAAAGAGCAGAGAUGUGAUUCAUUUUCCUGCAUCAGGCAAAACCAUUUCUUCAUAUAUCUCUUGAUUUAAAUUAUAUAGAAAAAAUAAUUAGAGAUAUGGGUUUGACUGGGAAGUUGGUUUCUGAAACGAGCAUAAAAUCGGACGGAGAUGUGUUUCACGAGAUCUUCAGACACAGACCACACCACAUUUCAGACAUGAGCCCUGAUCACAUCCAAGGCGUUGAUUUACACGACGGAGAAUGGGGAACCGUCGGAUCACAGAUCUUCUGGAAGUACACCCAUGAGGGUAAAAAGGAGGUGGCGAAAAAUAUAAUUGAAGCCAUAGACGAGGAAAAGAAGUCGGUGACAUUCAAAGUGACCGAAGGAGAUAUGAUGGAGCUUUACAAGGCAUUCAAACUGACUGUUCAUGUUGACACAACUGGGGAAGACAACGUCGUCACUUGGACUUUGGAGUACGAGAAACUGAACGAGGAUGUUUCAGAACCGCACACUCUCAUGGACUUGUGCGUCAACAUGACUAAAGAUAUCGAGUCUCACCAUCUCUCGGCCGAUGCCUAAUUUAAUGAUCUUUCUCCAUACAUUGUGUAAACGAGUUUGUCGAUUCUCUUGUGAUCGAUAAUGUUAUUGUGAUGUGGUGUUGGUGUUGUGCUUUUAAGGUUAUGUUGUGCAGUUGUGAUAUGAAUAAAGGGGUGUUGGUUCCAUUGUUAUUUGAUGUACUUGUGAUGUAUAUAAAAGGUUAAAUGUAGGUGUCUUGGCAUUUUGCUAAGGUUUAUCUACUUGUGAUAUGAAUAAACCAUGUGUUUUCUAAUUUUCUAA